GAUUGAAUCUAUGCAGCUGUAUAUAGUCCAGCCUGUGAAUCCAGAACUCAGUGCAGGGCCCAUCACUGGACUGACAGGCUCAACAGCUUCCGAGCAAAUAUUGUUCUUACAGUUGAUAUUACUCUGUCUUGAAAGAGCCAAUUGCCACGUCUUCCUGUAUGGAGAGUUGAGAAGCGUGAAUGUUGGAUUCGAUCCACAAGGUGCCUCCUUGGUCACUCCAACAUCAGAAUGCUUUCUUGCCUGGGGUACUCAGACUUAUGCCACUGGCAGAUAUUACUGGGAGGUGGAAGUGGGAGACUCUUGGAACUGGGCUUUGGGAGUCUGUAAUGAUUAUUGGGAAAAGGACAGAAAUUACAAGAUGGAUGAGGUGGAGGGGCUCUUCCUUCUUGGAUGUGUUAAGGAGGAUUCCCAUUGCACUCUCUUUACCACCUCCCCACUUGUACUUCAAUAUGUACCAAGGCCCAUUGGCCGAAUAGGAGUAUUCCUGGAUUAUGAAGGUAGAGUGGUGAGCUUCAUUAAUGUUGCUCAAAGUUCACUGAUACACAGUAUUCUUUCCUGUUCCUUUUCUCCCCAUGUCAAUCCUGUUUUCUGCUGUAGUCACAUCUGA